CAUCAGGUCAACAGAGUUGGAAGCAGAUAGACAAAACCGAAGGAGCACCUACCACGUAUCAGGCACUAGCACACUAGAGCCAAGCCACCUACGAUUCUUUGCUUUUAUAUAUACGCUUUUGAAAGGAGGUUGCGAGGCAAGUAAAAUGGCAGUGCUCAAGGAGAUGUUGAUGCUUCUGGUUCUAGUUUCUGUGAGCCUUGGUGUUGGAGCCCAGGUGCACCAUAUUGUUGGAGGGGAACGUGGCUGGGACCCUUAUGCUGAUCUUGGUCUCUGGUCCUCCGCUAGAACUUUCAGAGUUGGAGACAAAAUUUGGUUCACCCACUCAGCAGCACAGGGUAAAAUAGCUGAGGUGGAGACCAAAGAAGAAUACCUAACGUGUGAUGUGAGCAAUCCAAUCAGAAUGUACACAGAUGACAUUGAUAGCAUCUCUCUUGAUGGAGAAGGGAUUCGUUACUUCACAAGCAGCAAUUCUGAUAAGUGCAAGAGUGGCCUGAAAUUACAUGUGGAGGUGGUUCCAGAAGGGAAAACUGAUACCGCCACCGCCACCGUCACCGCCACCCCACAGGUUGUCACAUCAGAAAGCUCUGACAAGGCUGUUGCUGCUUCGCCUGAAAUUUCAGGUUCAGCCCAUAUUGGCGCAAGUCUUGCGUUGUUAGUGGCUGGAUUUUGGUUAUGCUCCAUGGGUGUUUAGAUUUUGGAUUUUGUAUGGGUGAUAUCGAGAUUGCUUUUGCUUGCUUCCUGACUUGGACUCUAUGAUAAGUGGAACUUAUAUAUGGCUUGGAAAACUUAAACUUUAUGUUAAUUCGGACAUGUUAUGUUUUGUUUGAUUGUUGAAUGGAUUAUUUACAUUAAAUUUGUCUCA